UGCAAACUUGAUAAAAAAUGCUAAAGCAGCAAUGGGGAUAUCCACUCACGGCAAAGCAUUCUCAAAUGACCUCCUGCAGGUUGAAGUCUCAGGUCCUGAUCGGCCACAUCUCACUAUUGUCGACCUUCCGGGUCUUAUCCAUUCAGAAACACGACAGCAGUCCGCAGCCGAUGUCCAAUUGGUCCAAGACGUCGUUCAAUCAUACAUGAAGGAACAGCGAAGUAUAAUUCUUGCGGUCGUCUCCGCAAAGAAUGACUCUGCAAACCAGAUUGUCCUACGUCUAGCGCGGGUUGCUGAUCCAGCUGGACUCCGGACAAUAGGCGUCAUCUCCAAGCCCGAUGUGCUUGUUCCGGGAUCUGAGAGCGAGGCUCCGUUCGUGUCACUUGCUAAGAACCAAGACGUGGAGUUCCGUCUGGGAUGGCAUGUUUUAAAAAACAUGGAUUCAGAGAAGGGUCAAUGGAAUUUAAUCAACCGAAACAUCCAAGAGUGCGAGUUUUUCUCCCAAGGCAUCUGGAAAAGGACUUCCUCGAUCACUUGUGGGUGUGGACUCUUUGAGAACUCGUCUUAG